CACAUGAACUUCAUCGAUCAAUUGUUUACAGAAGAAAAAUGGAGGAGACCAAAGCUAGAUGGAACAUGCUUUAGGCAAAUCACACAGAUUGAUAAUGAGCUCCUCACUGCUACUUUUUUAGAAUAGGAAAUUAAAGAAGCAAUAUGGAAUUGUGAUCCAUCUAAAUCCCCAGGACCAGAUGGAUUCAACUUCAGAUUCAUCAGGACAAUGUGGGAGGUUAUAAAAGCUGAUAUAAUCAACUUUGUACAGGAGUUCCAACAACAUGGCAGGCUGGUGUUACCUAAGGUGAUUGGGGAGCAGCAGAUGGCUUUUAUUGAAGGAAGGCAAUUAAUGGAGGGAGUAGUGAUUGCAAAUGAAAUUAUUGAUGAAGUCAAGAGGAAAAAGAAGAAGGGAUUUCUAUUUAAAGUCGACUUCGAGAAAGCCUACGAUAAGGAGUGCUUGAAUUCGAUCUCGGUCUCUAUUCUAAUCAAUGGCAGUCCGACGAAUCAAUUCCCGGUUAAUAAGGGCAUCCGUCAAGGAGAUCCAUUAUCCCCUUUUUUAUUCUUGAUUGUGGUAGAGGGACUGAAUGGACUAGUGUCAUCGACAGUGGAGAAGGAGAGGUACAAAGGAGUGGUAAUUGGGAGUGGAGAUGCGAUGGUCACACACCUUCAAUUCGCGGAUGACACAAUUUUCUUUGGGGAUGCAACGGAAGACAAUAUUUGGGUGAUCAAAUGCAUUAUGAGGACAUUCAAGUUAGCCUCAGGGUUGAAGAUUAAUUUCAGAAAGAGCCAGUUGAUUGGUGUGGGAGUAGAUCAAAAUUGGUGUGCUAAAAUGGCAUAUCAAUUGUGUUGCAAGGAAGGGAAAUUGCCAUUUAGGUAUUUGGGAAUCCCAAUUGGCGGGAAUCAUAGAAGAAGAGCUAUGUGGCAGCCUAUGGUGGAGUCUGUUAGAAAGAAGCUAGCAAGUUGGAAGGGUCGGUAUCUAUCUAUGGGAGGCCGCAUCACGCUCAUCAAUUCAGUGCUAUCAAGUCUGCCAGUGUUCUUGAUGUCUGUCUAUGUUAUCCCAAAAGGUAUAAUUCAUUCCAUUGAUAAACUACGUAAAAGCUUUUUAUGGGGGGGGGAAGGGAGAUGAGAGAAAAAUAAAUUGGAUUAGCUGGG